UGCACGGGAGUCCCUGGCGCAGGCAGCACCAGCUCGGAUGCUGCCAUCUGCUGCUGCAUCAGCUCCGUGCUGCUCCACAGGCCAGCGUUUUCAGAACCACCUGAGGACACACUGGUGUUCGCAUGCAGAGGUAGAGAGAGGGAAGUUCACUAGAGAGCAAGGCAUUUAGUCCAAAAAGAGUAUUGUGAGUGAAUAUGCAAAUUCAACACACAGCACCAAGGGCACCAGAGCAAUAGAGGAAGCCAAAAUGAGCCGGAAAAACAGAAGGAGUUUAAAGGAGAAAUUUUCCUUGAAGAACAGCCUGGUUAAAGAAGCUCUCUCAGAGUUCCUGGGAACUUUUAUACUGAUAGCCCUGGGCUGUGGGUGUGUGGGCCAGGCCGUGCUGAGCCGCGGGGAGCACGGAGGGCCCAUGACGGUGUCGGUGGGCUUUGCCAUGGCAGUCACCAUAGCUGUGUACGUGUCCGGGGGCGUUUCUGGUGGCCACAUAAACCCAGCUGUUUCAUUAGCCAUGUGCGUGACUGGAAGAUUAAAAUGGACCAAAUUACCAAUUUACAUAUUAGCACAAUUCCUGGGAGCAUUCGUUGGAGCAGCAGCUGUCUUUGGGAUUUAUUACACCCUAAAAAACCUAGAAAAGUUUAUGGAGAUAUGGAGAAGUGCAAGCAGCUGCUGGCUUUUUUCUACAGAUGCCUUUAUGGAAUACAGUGAUGGAAAACUUGAAGUCACAGGACCAAAUGCCACAGCACAAAUCUUUGCAACAUAUCCAGCUCCCUAUCUGUCCCUCGUAAAUGGAUUUGCAGAUCAGGUGAUGUCAACAGCUGUUCUUCUUCUGGCUAUAUUUGCUAUUUUUGACACCAAAAAUAACAGUGUACCCAAGGGCCUGGAGCCAAUUGCAGUGGGACUUCUUAUAAUUGUUCUUACUUGCUCCUUGGGAAUGAACAGUGGCUGUGCCAUGAACCCAGCCAGGGAUCUUGGCCCAAGGCUCUUCACAGCUGUUGCAGGAUGGGGGAUGGAAGUAUUCACGGCUGGUAAUAAUUGGUGGUGGGUUCCCAUAGUUGCACCUCUGGUGGGAGGUGUACUUGGAGCAAUGAUCUAUGUCAUUUUUAUUGAAAUUCAUCACUCAGAUCCUCAGCCAGGAGAAGAAAAUGAUGUGCAUGCUAAAUAUGAAAUGACCAAUAUGGCAUAAGAAGUGAAGAAUUUUCUCUGCCAUUGUGUUGUGCAGUUUUUAUGCAAAUGGUUGUUUGGACCACUGUAUGAAACCCAUAUGUCUCGAUUAGAAAUCCACCUUUCAAAGCAGAAAUUCUGUACAGAAGUUCAAAACUGAAGUCUUGCCAUGAAACGUUGGGCUGAUCACAUUCAAAAUUGGUAUCUUGAAUAUGGGAAGGCUAAACUGUCUUUUUUAUAUGGCUUUUAGGUCAAGUUAUCCUAGAUGCAAUUGUAGUGAGAUGAUGCACUGACCUGUUAAUUCAUCUCAUAUGAUCUUAAUCAUGCUGCCUAAUGAAUUGAAAAUAGUUGAGAUAUUGAUACAAAUCUGCAUGCAUAGCUAGUUAAUGAGUUCAGUGCUGAAUUAGUGUGCAAGAGCAUCACUCACUUCUUGAGAGUGGCUUGCCUAAGCAUUUAAAACAAUACUCAAAUUGGCUAAAUACCAAUUGAAACAGUUUAAAAUAACUUUACUAAAGUUUAUGGAGCCACUACUGAUCAGCAAGAAAUCAACUCCUCAGUGAUUAGGUUUAGUAAUUCACAGUAUGAUCCCAAAAGGUAAAAACUGCUUGUUCUAAGAUCAGCACCAGAGACAAGGGGUAACUUCUGCACAGGGUCUUCAUAGCAUUAAUGCUUAGUUAUUUUUAGAUUAUUUACUUGACCUUUAUGCUACCCAAUAUUAAAAGCCUUGUGUAGAAUACUAAUCUGCAUCUCUUCCGCUGUGCUUUCUGGAUACAAUUCAUUCCUGUGGAGAUGGCCCAGCAAGGGGCUGAUGCUGUGCAGAGGUCAGCACAAAGCCUAGGUCUGUAUAAGCUUUAAAGAGUCCUGCUGCUGCUGAUUUAUAUAGGUGGAUUUCAUCUGCACUGUGGGAGCAAUUUUUAAUGUGGGAGCAGUAAUUAAAAUUAGAACCUGGAAGGAAGGCCAGAUCCACAUCUGAGUUCUGAUGUGUGGGUUAUCUCUCGCUAAAGAGAAAUGGUUGGACAUACACCCCUUCCUAAAUAUCCAGCCUUGAAAAUGAAAUUAUUUCUACUUAAUAAUUGUGAAUUGAAUGUAUUCAGUUAAAGCAAAGUUUAUUUCUAUUAUGUAUACAUCUAUCCAUGGUUGGUGGUGGUGAUCAUGAAUAAACAGAUAUCUCGUUCA